AACUUGUGAAAUCUCACUUCCUUCCCCGACUCCCCCAAGGAAAGAACCCCCAAAUAAACCCCGGAAAAAUCAUCAAUCCACUCCUCCGAGCUGCCUCGUUCCUUGAUCGAUUCGCAGCCGAGUAGAAGAGAUUACAGAUUAGAAAUGCUCCAAGGAUUCAUCAAUGGAAGGGGAGGAGGCUAACCUUCAGGCGGCCCCACCACCAGCAGUGCCACCACCUCCGCCGUUGUCAACCAAUUCCAAUUUCCUCCGAAAUUCUAUAAAUCUUGAAUUCACUUCCACUUCCACUUCCACUUCAACGACGUCGACUUCCUCAUCGUCUUCUUCGUUGUCCAAUGACGCUUUCUUCCGGAACGUUCAAGCCGUGUUCAAGCGCCACCGCCCUCUCAGUAUGAUGCCCUCAAACAAUAUACAACCAAGGAGGAUGUUCGUUCCGCAGCGCGGAGCUCCAAAAAGUUCCAGUAUAACUACAGGAUCUACAUUUGACAUAAAGAAGAUCGAAGAUGAAGGCUUAUUAAGUCAAAGAUUAAGGGAUUGCGUAUCACGGUCAAAAGAUAUGGUUUCUGUUGUCAGUGAAACUCCAGAGUGUGCAUCGAUAAAUGCACCUUCAGAGUGGGGUUCUACUGUAAAUACUCAUGAUGAAAGUUAUAAAAAGUUCGAUGGUAAAUCUAAGCAAGCCAGAUCCCAUGCUGGUCACAAAACUAAUGAUACAGUUGCCUCUGUCAUGGAAAGUGAGCAUGUUCCUUUAGUUGACGGGACAAAAAGGGUCCAUUUUGCCACACAAACUGAUUCCAGGUUCCAGGAAAUGGAAUGGGAUGGAAGUAACCAAACAGAGGCUCCCAUACCUCAGUCAUCGAUUGCAGCAUCAGAUUAUUCAAAGUGA